AUGAAUCCAUCCACAAAAAAUCUAAUGAUUCCGAUUUAUUAUAACUAUCAUUGGGUAUUUGUGCUAACUAUGUUCCUGAAUUUAUAUUUUUUGCAUAUUCAAAGUGGAAGUGUCAUUUUAUUGUGUUUACACAGAUAUUCUACGACAAAAUAUGAGAGUUCAAGUGUUUUUUGGAAAAAAUACUAUAUUUUCAUCUAUUUUGGGCUUCUAUCUUAUGGAUUUAUCCUAACUUAUCCAGUUUUGUAUUUUAAUGUGUUGAAUGCGUUGAAGUUUGAUGAAAUCGAACAGAAGUUUAGCCUAGAUGUUGAGGUGAGCAAUUCUACGCUGAAAAUCAUGAAUUCCAGCGUUUUCAGCGCAAAAUUUUAGUCUAAAAACUUUUUUCCUACUACUGUAGAAAAUUGUGCCAGAGAUUCCGAAAAAAUGGAUCAACCGGAUUACUGUAGAAAAACAUGUUUCUAGGCUGAAAUUUUGUGCUGAAAAUGUGGGAAAUACUGAUUUUCAUCCAUUUUCAGCGAUUUCAUGAUUUUCAGCACAAAAUUCGGGUCUAGAAACAUUUCAAAAGGUACUGUAGAAAAUUGUGCCAAAGAUUCCGAAAAAAUAGAUCAACCGGAUUACUGUAGAAAAAUAUUCUUCUAGGCGCUGAAAAUUCUGAAAGUAUUGAAAUUUAUUAGAAAUCACUAAUUCCAGCAUUUUCAGCGCAAAAUUUGAGUCUAGAAACUUUAUUUUCAGUUUUUUUCCGGUUGAUCCAUUUUUUCGGAAUUUGUGGCACAAUUUUUGUCUACAGUAGUUUUUAAACAUUUCUAGGCUGAAAUUCACCGCUGAAAAUGCUGGAAAUGUCGAAAAUCGCUGAAAAUCAAUGAUUUCUUGAUUUUCGGCACAAAAUUUGGGUCUAGAAGCUUGUUUUUCUACAGUAACCCCGGUUGAUCCAUUUUUUCGGAAUUUUUGGCACAAUUUUCUACAGUACCCUGAAAAAAUUCCUGGCCCAAAUUUCGCGCUGAAAACGCUGAAAAUCACCAAAAUCUUUCAGGACUACGAUAUCCCGAUGAUCGGUUUCAAAAUAGUCGUAGGCCUUUCCACAGUCACCUAUUCUUUCCUAAUUUCAAUCAUCGGAAUCCUAACACUUCUCCAACUUCGUCAUCGUUUAUCCGCCCUUCAAACUUCCUCAAAAACCCUAAGGCGAAUGACCUUAAUGACCUUAAUUAUCACAAUUAAUUACGAUGCUUUAAUUCUAUGGGAAAUAAUCAAUGGAUUUGUGUUCCCGAAUUUGAGCCAAGAGCAAAGUGUGGCUUUUUUGAUGUCUUGUGCUGAUGUUGGAUGUUUUUCGAUUCCGAUUGUCAUUUUGAUGUUUGAUAAGAAUUUGCACGAUCUAUUUUUGGAGUAUUCGAAAUUUCGUGGGAAUUCGAGAGUUGUUUCGUCGGGAAUUGUGACUUAG